GAGGGAGACAGAGAGAGUAAGAGAGUGAGGGAGUGAAAGGGGGCAGACAGAGAGAGAGAGAGAGAGAGAGAGAGAGAGAGAGAGAGCAUGGAUUUGGGCAGGGCUGUGGUUACCCAGCAUAAGCUCGCCUUUUCCUUCGGUGACUACACCCCGAGAGGAGGAGCGUAGAAGGCGUCAGGAUCCUCAAUUUUUCAACUUAGCAUCUUGGCAGGACAUUUUCCCAAGCAAAGCCCCCGUCCGACGGGUAAAAAAAAACUUCUGCGCGGGCAUGAGAGCGACGGUGCAACUCAGAUAAGGGAGCGAGAGAAAAACAAAACGAGACAAAACAUCCGACGGGCAGUGACUGGCUGGCUGGCAGCAAGCAGAAAAAAAAAACUCAUCUAACAUCUCUUCCCUCUCUUUUAUUUUAUCACUUUUACUUUUUGCCUUCAGUUCUGACAAUUAGAAAGAGGGACAGACAGUGGGUCUGCACACACACACGGCUCUAUGCGCUCCGGCAGCAGCGCAUGAGAAAAUAAAGGUGGGAAAGUGCGCAAGUUAAGUGGCUCACACUCUCCGGGCUCCAGCAUGGCGUAUCCUCAGGGCUACUUGUAUCAGCCAUCCGCUUCUCUAGCCCUGUACUCGUGCCCAGCGUACAGCACCAGCGUCAUAUCGGGACCCCGAACCGAGGAACUUGGAAGAUCCUCUUCGGGAUCUGCUUUUGCGCCCUAUGCCGGAUCUACUGCGUUCACCAGCGCCUCGCCAGGCUACAACUCCCACUUACCGUACAGUGCGGACGCGGCUGCAGCGGCCACAUUCACCUCGUACGUGGUGAGUAAACUAAAGGUGAUUAUUCAACCUAAUAGGAAUUAAAAGCGGGGAUAUUAACUCGUUAUAGAAGUGCCCGCUGUGCUUUCUUUGCCAAGUCAUUAAGAGGGAAAUGUGCGUCACUGCAGGGAUAUGUUACAGAAAGCCUGGUCCACUGAACACGUUGUUGAGUAAACAGUACUAAUUUAACUGAGUGCUGUGAUAUUAUAUGGCUCUUUAGUAAAUUGUAGUUUUUAAAAGAAAGUGUGGGCAAAGCCUUGCUGGAGCUCCUACGCGUAUAACCAAGUGCAACGCGCCGUUUGAAGGCAAUUUAGGUCACCGGAUUUCUUUCUGAUCAUCCUGGUUAUGCCAGUUUUAAAAACUUGAAAUUUGCAACCUCUGAGAAAAGUCAUGUUGGAAAUUGUGAUUUUAAUUUUUAUAGAUUUUCGAGCUGUGAUCAAAUGGCAACACAAGAAAUCCAUGCAAACUGUUUUUUACAGGCCCAUUUAGUACACAGAGUGAUGGUAGAAAAAUAGAAAAAUCGUUUGAUGUCAAGUCCGCAUUUUAUCAUGUCAGUAAGUUAUCAUGGUGGCAAAUUGUACUAUUUUAUUGUGGGGACGACUGUCUCAGAAAAAUGACACCAUGUUAGUUAUAAUUUCUAGAAUUCAUGUAAAUAUUUCUGAUCGGCUGUGAAGGUGAAUCAAAGUUCAUGAACAUUUGUUCGAGCUUCAACUAUUUUAUUGGAGCCAUUGUUUUGUAUACAGUGGCGUGUGUGAGCAAGCGUGUGCAAGUGCCCACAUGCACGUGCAUGCAUGUGCGCGUGUGCGUCUAUGUGUCCUUGUUUAUGUCCCUUCUACCAUUAUGUACCACUUUGGAAACUGCAGAUGUCAAAACUUUUACUCACUUUUUCAUUUGAAUGUUUUUAUUUCCGCAGAGUUCUCCCUAUGACCACACCACGGGGAUGGCCGGCUCGAUAGGUUACCAUCCUUACGCAGCACCCUUGGGCACCUACCCUUAUGGCGACCCGGCAUACCGUAAAAACGCAACCCGGGACGCCACCGCCACCCUGAAGGCCUGGCUCAACGAGCACCGCAAAAAUCCUUACCCCACCAAGGGCGAGAAGAUCAUGCUGGCCAUCAUCACCAAAAUGACCCUCACCCAGGUGUCCACCUGGUUCGCCAACGCCAGGAGGAGGCUAAAGAAGGAGAACAAGAUGACCUGGACACCCCGGAACCGGAGCGAAGACGAGGAGGAGGACGAGAAUAUCGAUCUGGAGAAAAACGACGACGACGAGCCAAACAAGCCCACAGACAAGGGAGACUCCACAGACACAGAAGCAGGUCGGUGUUGCAGGGAAAGAAAAGGAGAAAAAAAAAAUCAUCAAUUUUUCAUCGCAGUCGUUUCCACUCAGGGUGCAAAAUUGAUUGCUGGUUAAUGGUGGUAUAUUAUUUAUAAUGGGACAAUUGCUUUAAAUAAUAAUCACCUUGAACUCCCCUCGUUUGACUUCUCAGGGGCUGAAAUUGCUGGUGACGCAAAGUGUUUAGCAGUCAAUUUAUCUUUAACUGCAUAAUAAGGAUACAGCUGGUGUACUGCACCGGCACACUCAAAAUAUGGCCUUUGUAUGGUAAUUAUUGGAGCGGCUGCUGAAUAUUUAUUAUUACUUUGAAAUUAAAUACCAGAAAUACAUUUGUAAAUAAGAAUAAGCAGAGUAUAGUGCGUGCUCAGUCCGUGCAAUAAUUGUAGAGAGAGGUUCAUUCACCCUUUUGAGGCUGGCACACAUGUUUAUGAGGACAAUUUAUAGCACAUACAAUAACUGCUUUAAGGGAAACGUGAAUAAGUGGCCUAAUUAUUUUUAUACAUCCGAUUUGACUGCCUCACAUAUGUUAGUGUUUUAUCAAGCUUUGAGUGUUGGCUUAUUUGGCAGUAAUUCUGAUCUUUAUUUGUGCUUUAGAUCAUAAACUGCUGAACCCAGGGGACAUAGGCUGUGACAGAUUUAAAGAGGAGAACCACGGCAAAGACACUGAACCCCUCCUGAGCGACUCGGAGUUAAAAGACCAAGAGGAGCGGACUACAGACUUGCUGCCGGAUUCCGCGAAACCGACCACGUCGUCUCCCUCGGCGGUGCCUCGAGGGAACCAGAGCGUUGCGCAACAAGACAAGCCGUCAGAUUUGAGCCAUGCACCGGGUACGGUGACCAGUAACGUGACCUCUGUUAUCCACUCGCCGCCCUCGGCUCCUAAACCCAAACUCUGGUCUCUCGCGGAGAUCGCCACGUCCUCAGACAGGUGUAAAGGCAGCGGAGACGCGCCACAGGGUUGUCCCGGUUUGGGUCAAAGCGCAGCACUGGGCACCAACGCGUCGCCUUCACGGUCCUCCCCACAGUGCCCACUCCCCAACAGCACGGUCCUCUCCAGGCCCCUAUACUACACCUCCCCUUUCUACCCCGGCUACACGAACUAUGGGGGCACUUUUGGACAUCUUCACAGUAACCACGGCUCGGUGACCACGGGCUCCACGGCACAUUUCAAUGGAUUAAACCAGACUGUGUUAAAUAGAGCAGAGGCUUUGGUAAGGGAGAGCCAGAAAGUCAGAGGCCAAACGCAGGUAGAUCUUUGUAAAGACUCCCCUUAUGAACUAAAGAAAGGUAUGUCAAACAUUUAAUACCUGACUAUUUUCAACUCACCGCGGACUUUUAUUUAUUUUUUUGUGGUUGCAUUAAAAAAAAAGAAAAAGAAAAACUAUGAACAAUGAUGAAGCAAAUUCUGAGAACAGUUAUUUUCUGAGUAAAUGCUUAUCUUCAGAUUUUUAGUUCUGAAUGGUUAAUCCUAAAAAUGUAACGGGAAUGGUCUUAAUCGCUGCAGCCGCCUGAGUCUAUUUGUAUGAAAGACUAACAUGUAUAUUUAAUGUAGCAUUUUUGUAUUUAAAAUGGACAACACACUAUCUUUGAAGUAAAUUAUGAGAAAAAAAUAUA